AUGCCAACGAAUGGGAUCCACCAGGUGCUGAAGAUCCAGUUCGGGCUGAUCAACUGCGAGAGCCGGUACCUGACGGCGGAGAGCUUCGGCUACAAGGUCAACGCCUCGGCGCCCAGCCUCAAGCGCAAGCAGAUCUGGACGCUGGAACAGGAUGAAGCCGACAGCUCCAUCGUCUUCCUCAAGAGCCACCUGGGCCGGUACCUGGGCGCCGACAAGGACGGGAAGGUGCGCUGCGAGGCGGAGCAGCCGGGAAGGGAUGAAGGCUUCAGCAUCAUCACGCAGUCGGAUGGGCGCUGGGCGCUGCAGUCGGCCCCGCACCGGCGCUUCUUCGGGGGCCGCGAGGAUCGCCUGUCCUGCUUCGCCCCCAGCGUGACGGAGGGUGAGCUCUGGACCGUGCACCUGGCCAUGCACCCCCAGGCCAACCUGCUGAGCGUCAGCCGCCGCCGCUACGCCCACCUGAGCGCCCACGAGGACGAGAUUGCCACCGACAGCAACCUGCCCUGGGGGGUGGAUGCGCUCAUCACCCUCUGCUUCCAGGACAAGAAGUACAGCCUGCGCACGGCCGACGAGCGCUACCUGCGCUGCGAUGGCACCUUGGUGCCCGAGCCUGGCGCUGGCACCGGCUACACCCUCGAGUUCAAGGCCGGCAAGUUAGCAUUCAAGGACUGCGACGGGAAAUACCUGGCGCCCACCGGACCCACCGGCACCCUCAAAUCCGGCCGCAGCUCCAAGCCGGGCAAAGAUGAACUCUUUGACCUGGAGGAGAGUCACCCUCAGGUGGUGUUCACGGCAGCCAAUGGCAGAUACGUCUCCAUCCGGCAGGGUGUGAAUGUCUCAGCAAACCAGGACGAGGAGCUGAACCAUGAGACCUUCCAGCUGCAGAUCGACCGCGACACCAACAAGUGCAGCCUCCACACCAACACAGGCAGCUACUGGACCCUGGUGGCCCACGGGGGCAUCCAGGCCGUGGCCACUGAAAUCGCUGCCAACACCAUGUUUGACAUCGAGUGGCGCGGGCGGCGCGUGGCCCUGCGCGCCAGCAACGGACGCUACGUCUGCACCAAGAGGAACGGGCAGCUGGCGGCCGUCAGCGACACCGUGGGUAAGUUCUGGGGGGGGACAGGGGGCACGGGGGGGGAGGACGAGGAGUUCACUCUGAAGCUGAUCAACCGCCCGAUGCUGGUGCUGCGGGGGGAGCACGGCUUCGUCUGCUACCACCGGGGCUCCAACCUGCUCGACUCCAAUCGCUCCGUCUACGACGUCUUCCACAUCAGCUUCAGCGACGGCGCCUACCAGAUCCAAGGCCAGGGGGGCAAGUACUGGUACGUGGCGAGCAGCGGCUCGGUGUGCAGCGACGGGGACCUCUCCGAGGAUUUCUUCUUCGAGUUCCGGGAGCGGGGCCGUGUGGCCAUCAAAGGGAAGAACGGGCGGUACCUGCGCGGGGACCCUGCGGGGACCCUGCGUGCCGACAGCGAGUCCGUGCUGCGGGCCACGCUCUGGGAAUACUGA